UGUUUCUCCCUUCAGGUUCCAUCCCCCGACUGUGGUGGGCCCUCUGGGUAGUGCUGCUGCCUGCUCCCGUCUGCUCUCCCUGGAUCGCUCGCAGUGUUCAAACGACCUGGUGAUUGCUGCCUCCCUAGCAGGGGCUCCCAUGACCAACGCUGCCACUCAAUCCAAACCUCUUCAUAUCGGGAACGCAGCCCGACUCGGCAUGGAGGCGGCACUGCUGGCUUCCCGGGGCCUGGAGGCCAGCACGCUGAUCCUGGACUCGACCCCAGGCUGCUCUGGCUUUAGUGCCUUCUACAACUACUACCUACCCCAGGCACUGCCCUCCCCAGAGGAACAGGAUACCCGCUUCCUGCUGGAGGACCAGGACAUAGCCUUCAAGUGCUUCCCUGCACACCUGGGCAUGCACUGGUUGGCAGACGCAGCGUGCUCAGCGCGGGAGCUUUUGGUCAACACCGUAGGGGGGUUCCACCCCUCUAUGAUCCAGAGCAUCCUAAUGAGAAUCCCCCUCUCCAAAUAUAUCAACCGUCCCUUCCCUGAAUCCGAGCACCAGGCCAGACACUCCUUCCAGUUCAACGCCUGCACUGCUCUGCUGGACGGCGAGGUCAGUGUCCAGUCGUUCAGCCCAGCGUUCCUGGACCGCCCCGAGCUGCUCGGCCUCCUGAGCAGAGUACGGGUCGAGCACCCCCAGGACAACCCUGCCAAUUUCAAUAAGAUGUACGCAGAGGUGCUGCUGACCCUCACAACAGGCAAUGUCUUGAAGGGUCGUUGCGACACCUUUUUAUGGACACUGGACACUUUAUGGAGUUGUGACAGUCUGCUGAAAAAGUUCCGGGCAAAUGCUGGGGCAGUCCUGCCAGGAGAGAGGGUGGAGGCCAUCAUUGAUGCCGUGGAGAACAUAGAAGACAUGCAGGACUGCUCCCACCUCACCAUGCACCUGGAGUCAAGGGCUUCAUGACAUCCUUUGAUGACGUACACUAGAAGAAAACAAUUUGAAGGCACUUGGGAAAAGAUCUUUAUGCCAUUUGUGUUUUGUUUUAGUGUAUUAUUGUUGUUGUUAUUAUAUAAUGCAUAAUUUUAGUGAGUAUUUACCCAAUCAUACUCAAUUGACAGAUAGGGACAGUCACCUUUAAACCACACAGUUUACAUAGAUUAUACAAUGUAUAUACUCUCAUUUCUGAUAGCACUGUGAAUCUCACUAAUGCUCUAUUUAUUGAAUUAUUGUUAUUUUAUUUAAUCUUUUACAAAAAUGUAUUGUGUGUCAUUUCAGACUUUUGUAUUGGAAUUGCAUACUGUUGAUUUGUGUAGCAGGUCACUGGUUUGGAAGAUAUCAUCUGUCAAUUCUAUCAAUUAAAUCAUCACCUACAGGAUGACAAUGUGCAUACAAGAUGCAAAAUGUGAAACCAAUGUGAUGCCCCUAGUAUGCAAAUAUAAUACAAAUGAAACAAUUGUGAUUGCUUUGGUGUUUAUUUUAUUUAAUUGAAAAAUAUUCUUAGUUACAAGGUAUAACACAGUACUUUCAUUUUCUACCAGCUUUUAAUCAUUACAAAGAUGUUUCGACUUUAAUAAUUAAUUCAAAACAGUGUAACUCAAAACAGUACCUUGUUCUAAUUGUGAUAUGAAUUGACUAAUAGAAAGUUUUAAUUUGAUUAAUAAUUGUGAAAUGUACAAUCAGUAAUGGUAUUAUGUUCUAGUUAUGUGAUGUGAAUUAAAACGUCUGUUUUCUCAAGUGAAUUGAUUAAAUACAAUUGUG